AUGUUGUUCAUGUUGUUCUUGUGGCCCUGCUUCAUUCUUCCUACGAGCACCAGGCGGUUUCCAGCCAGACAGCACAGUCAAACGGACGGCCAACGGGCCGGCCAAUCCGCCAAAGCAAUUAAGAGUCUGGGACCAAGUCGGGGACGCACAGUCAAGCACAAAGCACCCGGCAAAUGUGCAGGCGAGCAUUGGCACAGUCGGGACGCACAGUCAGCGGCAAAGGCCAAGGCAAAUGUGCGACCAGGGCCCUCGCUCCCGAUGCCACACGUGCGCAACUCGUCCUUUGUCAUCCCACCCUACGCCUCGGCCGUUGGCUUCAAUCCCGCGGCAGCAAAGAUCCGAGGCAAUGUCGUUUAG